UUUAGUAGCUGAAACUGAAGGCGAUCAGAGCUAAUAAAAAAUAAAUAGAAUGGACGAAUUCUUCAAAACUCACUACGAUCCCAUUGCACGGAUCUGGAGUGGCUCGAAAUCGUCGCCCAUGUACGAUUUUGAUUGCUCGUACGGUCGCAUAGUGCACAAUCAGCUCAGGAAUAAUCCUAAUCACAUAUGCCAGAUAUGCCUGGCGGAUGGAAAAACUGCGACAAAUCGGGACGUAUUCAAUUGGUCCGUGCGCCUGGCGCAGAAUUUUAAGAAACGCGGAUUACGUCACGAAGACGUCAUCUGCAUCUCGGCCAAGAACAGCACCUACGUUACGCCAGUGGCGGUUGCCUGCCUCUUCAAUGCCACGCCCUUUCACGCCGUCAACCCCAUCCUGGACCCCGAGACACUCAGCCACGUGCUGGCGAUAACAAAGCCAUCGCUGUUCUUCUGCGAUGCCGCCGACCUGGAGAAGCUGAAGACGGCGAGCGCGGCAUGGUCACCCGAGUUCGUAACGCUGACAGGUAAAGUGGAGGGCGUGCCAUACGUUGAGGAAUUCCUUGCCCCAACCAACACUGAAAUGUUUUAUCAACCUCAACCUUUGAUCUUCGGCGGGGAGCAGACCAUGGCCAUCUUGUGUUCGUCUGGCACGACGGGCAAGCCCAAGGCCGUGUGCAUGGCCAACUACAUGCUGUCGUGCAGCAACCCCUUCCUCAGCUCUGAGGCAGUCAUUUACUGCGGCUCCAGCUUGGACUGGUAUUCGGGUCUGAUCAACUUUAUGUACUCCGUCGUAGAUGGCUGCACGCGCAUCAUAGCCGACAAGCCCUUCAGUGCGGAGUAUAUCUUACAGCUCGUGACCAAGUAUAAGAUCAACAUCCUCAGCAUUGCACCGCGUCACGCCAGCGAGUUGGUCGCCUGCCCGCAGGCCACGCCGGAGAAGUUGGCCUCGGUGUUCUUAGUAGCCGUCGGGGGCGGUUGGAUACCCUCGGUGACGUUGCAGAAGCUGCAGAAGCUCAUUCAGAGGGGAUUUGUCUAUUUUGGCUACGGAACUACAGAAUUCGGAGGAGUGUGCGCCGGUGCCUUCAAUGAGAAGCUUGGCAACACAGUUGGCAAACUCAAUGCCGGCAUUAAGAUUCGCAUUGUCGAUGAGGACGGCAAGAAUCUGGGUUACGGCAAGGUCGGAGAGGUCUAUGUGAACCACGGCCGCAACUGGAAGGGCUAUUACGGCAAUCCACUGGAAACUCAGCGCAUGUAUGACUCUCUCGGCUGGUUCCACACGGGCGAUCUGGGCUACGUCGACGAGGAGAACAAUCUGUACAUUGUGGACCGCAAGAAGGAGAUCUACAAGUGCUUGGGCAUGCAAUACUCGCCCAACGAUAUCGAAGCCGUCAUUAGCGAGCUGCCCGAUGUCGUCCAGGUGUGUGUCGUGGGCGUCUACGACGACAAAUACGGCGAUGCGCCCGCUGCCAUGAUAGUCAAGCGGCCCGGUAGCUCCUUGACCGCCGAGCAGGUCAAACAGCAUGUGGCCAAGCGGCUCGUGGUCAACCACAAGCAGCUCCAUGGAGGCGCCUACUUCACCAACGAACUGCCCGUAACUGCCAGCGGCAAAGUGAUGCGUCGCACGGUCAAAGAGCAACUGACCCAGUCGAGCGUAGAUCGAUAGGGGGUAUUUGUAUUAGUCUAGUGA